UUUUUUUUUUUUUUACAUGAAUUCAAUCCUAGCUCCCAAGAAGAAAUAACACUGCACACUUCAGCAUUCCAAUAUUAUUAGAGGUGUUUUUCUGUUUGUUUGUUUUUUGUUUGUUUGUUUUUGUUUUUUUAAACUCCCACGUUGGAAAAUAUCACAGGUAGUGGCCGCCUUAGCUAUUCCUCAGGAAAGUUAGAGAUAGCCUUUCCUCUCCAGCCAUAGACCUGGCUCAAUUACAGCUCUCUGGCAGGAUAAGGUUAAGGGGAUGGGGGGAGGACAGGGAAGACGAGGGAGACAGAAGCAGGAAAAUCAAUUCAAAUUACUUUGAUGACAGUGACUUAGAGUCUCCUCUGAUAGACAGACACGAGCCUCCAGGAUGCUGGCCGCCCGGACGGGGGCCGCCGGGAGUCAGAUAGCAGAAGAGCAUUCCAAGUUAAGGAAACAAUCUGGGCUUUCCACAGGGGGCAAAGACAAAUCUCCCAAGAAAGCCCCUGACGAUGGGAAAGACAGCAGCCUCAGCCCCUCUGGGCAGAGCCAGCUCAGGGCACGGCAACUGGCUCUGGUCCGCGAAGCAGAGAUGAACUGGUACCUCAAACUCUACGAGCUGUCAGGCGAGCACACCAGCGCCUACACCACCGGCAUGCCCCACAGGAAUCUUGGAAAAUCAGGACUCAGAGUUUCUUGCUUGGGUCUUGGAACAUGGGUGACAUUUGGAGGUCAAAUCUCAGAUGAGGUUGCUGAACGGCUGAUGACGAUUGCCUACGAAAGUGGAGUGAAUCUCUUUGAUACCGCUGAAGUCUAUGCUGCUGGAAAGGCUGAAGUGAUUCUGGGGAGCAUCAUCAAGAAGAAAGGCUGGAGGAGGUCCAGCCUGGUCAUAACAACCAAACUCUACUGGGGUGGAAAAGCUGAAACGGAAAGAGGGUUGUCAAGAAAACAUAUUAUUGAAGGAUUGAAGGGCUCCCUCCAGAGGCUACAGCUCGAGUACGUGGAUGUGGUCUUUGCCAAUCGACCGGACAGCAACACCCCCAUGGAAGAAAUUGUUCGAGCCAUGACACAUGUGAUAAACCAAGGAAUGGCGAUGUAUUGGGGGACCUCUCGGUGGAGUGCUAUGGAGAUCAUGGAAGCCUAUUCCGUAGCAAGGCAGUUCAAUAUGAUCCCACCCGUCUGUGAACAAGCUGAGUACCAUCUUUUUCAGAGAGAGAAAGUGGAGGUGCAGCUACCAGAGCUCUACCAUAAAAUAGGAGUUGGAGCAAUGACAUGGUCUCCACUUGCCUGUGGAAUCAUCUCGGGAAAAUAUGGAAACGGAGUGCCUGAAAGUUCUAGGGCUUCACUGAAGUGCUACCAGUGGCUGAAGGAAAGAAUUGUAAGUGAAGAAGGCCGAAAGCAGCAGAACAAGCUCAAAGACCUUUCCCCAAUUGCUGAGCGUCUGGGAUGCACACUACCUCAGCUAGCUGUCGCAUGGUGCCUGAGAAAUGAGGGUGUGAGUUCCGUGCUCCUGGGAUCCUCCACUCCGGAACAACUCAUUGAAAACCUCGGUGCCAUUCAGGUUCUCCCAAAGAUGACAUCACACGUGGUAAAUGAGAUUGAUAACAUAUUACGAAACAAGCCCUACAGCAAAAAAGACUACCGAUCGUAA